UGUAGAAGAAGGGUAGGUCUGGAUAGCAGAUGAGAAGUGACUCUCUUCCAGAAUACACAGUGAGGUGAUCAUCUGCACUUCUCAGCAUUCUGACCAUAGGGGGAGCCACAACCUCAAGAAGCCAACUGAAGACCCAUGGAAAUCAUCAUGACCAGUAGAAAGAACUUCCACCGAACCCUGUGCCUCUGGCUCCUCAUCAUACUCAUCAUCACUGGGAUCAUAUUCCAAUUGCUCACAAUAAGAUCUCCAGGUCAAUGGCAUCCACCACCUGUCAGCUACCUGUCUUCAAAAAUGUCACCCAAUUCAGACCAAGAAGAGAUCCAAAGACUAAUCAAGCUCAUUGACUGGCCUGAGGUCCCCAGUGGAGUGGACUUCAUGUCUUCUACAAGUCCAAAGACCACAUUUUAUGUUUUGCUGCAUCCAAAAGAAGUCUACAACGUAGGAGAUCGUAUAACUGUUGUCAUAUUUGCUCGGGAUCAUUAUGGUCGACCAAAAACCUAUGGAGGAGAUUAUUUUCAGGUCAAGCUGCACUCUCCAAAGCUGAAAGCUGGAGUAACAGGUGCCGUCACCGACCACAGAAAUGGCAGAUAUUCAGCCACGUUCCUUCUGCUCUGGCCUGGAGACGCUGAGGUUCACAUCUCUCUGGUACAUUCCAGUGAAGCCAUUUCCAUUAUAGGCAGGAAGAGGGACUCUCGGCCCGACAAGGUUGACUUCAAUGGAUAUUACAGCCACAAUGGAAGCAGCGCUACGGUGAAGUGUAAUGUGCAGCCUCCAGGACCUGACAUGUGUACAUACCGUGACGUACAAUCCAGAGAGGAGUGGUUCUGCAACCGGCCAAAGGGCUUUCCCUGCAGUGCCUACCAGGAGCAUUCAGCAGGUGGUAGCUACCCAAUACUCAAUGCCACCGAGCAGCAAUUUCUACAAAAAUCGGUCACUGAUCAGACAAUUUCAUCAACUCUGAGAAAAAUCACCAUCCUUCCCCAGACCUCCAGUACAGGGGAUAAAAGUGUUUGUAGACCUGGACUCCCCAUUCCGGACCCCUCAGGAUAUUAUUAUCAGGACGUGUGGCAGUCUCGUGUGUGCAGGAACAGACGCUUCACUUCUCCAUCCAACGUCACCGCCUGUCUGAAGGGAAAGGUUGUCUACAUGUUUGGAGAUUCAACUCUUCAUCAAUGGUGGUUCUACCUUGUGAAGUUCAUCCCAUCUCUACAGAAGGUGGACCGUAAUGUCAGCUAUGACCCUGGAGUCCUGCUGGCCUCGGAUACUGAUCAUGGCUAUCUAGUACAAUGGCGAGUACACCAGAGGCCACUUACCAUGCUUCGCAUGCGUUUACAGGAGCUGCACUACAUCGCCAAUGAGCUGGAUAACAUUGGAGGGGGGGACAAUGACCUGGUGAUUGUCAUAAACUGCAUGGCGCACUUUGCCUCAUUCCCGGUAAAAUUUUAUUUGCAGAGGAUAAGAAAUAUCCGUAAUGCUGUUGUCCGGUUAUUGAAGCGAAGCCCCCAGACCAAGGUCAUCAUCAAAUCCGGGAACACCGGCUUCCUCUAUGAACAUGGAAGUGACUGGCUGUCCUUCCAGCUGGACACCCUAAUGAGGGCCGUCUUCUCAGGACUUCCAGUUGCAUUAAUAGAUGCCUGGCAGAUGACCUCCUGCCAUUACCUGCCCAAAGACAUUCACCCUCAGAAAAUCAUAAUCAAGAAUAUGGUGGACUCGAUGCUCUCCUAUAUUUGUCCAGAAUAG